AUGCUAUCUAUCAACUCCCUGCUGAAUCCUCAGCCUGAAAGGCGAAUUCCAUAUCCUUCGUUUCCUGCCAACCGUGAGAAGCGGCAGAAGAUGGCCAAGGACGCCCCAAUCUUCCGUCGUGGCAAGAUCCAGGGCGAGUGUCGCUAUCCUCCUUGUGAGGAAAGAGAUGCAGAUCUGGAGAAGGCUCAUAGAGAGCUGUCGUUGCGUCCCAUGGGCUGCAUCGCCGACUAUCCUCGUCAUAUUCCUUAUGCCAGCGACAAGAAAACCUUCCAAGAAAAGACCGGCCGAGACAGUUUCCAUGUCUUUCAGUACACAUUCCAAAUACCUGGCGAAGAAAAGGAAUGGCAUGUUAUGUGGGACUACAAUAUCGGCAUCGUUCGGAUUACACACCUUUUCAAAUGCAAUGGAUACUCCAAGACCACCCCAGCCAAGAUGCUAAACCAGAACCCAGGCCUCCGCGAUAUCUGCCACAGCAUCACCGGCGGAGCACUUUCCGCUCAAGGAUACUGGAUGCCCUACGAAGCCGCCAGAGCUAUGGCAGCGACCUUCUGCUGGAGAAUCCGAUACGCCCUAACUCCACUGUUUGGCACCGAAUUCCCAGCCAUGUGUAUCCCUCCAACGGACCGCAAAUUCCAUGGCCGCAUGGUCAUCCCCCCAGAGGUCGUGCAGCGUGCCACCAACACCUCCAACUACUAUCGCUCUUUGGAGCUAAAGUCCAGCGCCGGAAACAGCCCCCCAGAAAGCAACACACCUUCUUCAACACAUACCCUUCUCCAUGGCAUGGGAGUAUUGAGCCCACAAGAUUCGUCCUUGAAACUGCCUCCGCUCAAGAUCCCGUUCGCCCACUAUGAGAGUAAUCCCAACGCCCGGGGCUCGAUGGAGCCUUACUGUAUGUCGCCCAAGAGCCAGUCGCCUAUGUCUAACUUCACCCCCAUCAACCCCCCACGCAGCUCCGAUGUGAUGCCUCGCUCGCGGGUCGAGUCGCCCCGCGCUAUUCUCCGUGCUGUCUCAGAUGCCAUGCGCUCCGAGAAUGUCCCGAAUGGUACCAGCGAGGAUAGUGACACUGAGAGUUAUGGCUCGUCCAACAUGUAUUCCACUCCAAAUUGUCCUUCUGUGGAUGGUCAUAUGGAAACCGACAAGCCUGGUGAUCUCGAUGAGCCCGCCACCGCUUCGGAUGUGGCUGCCACACAAAGCGAAUACGAUGACCUAACUGACUCGGACGAAGAUUGGCAAAUGGACGAUGUUAACGAUGAAGACUACCGUGGACCCCGUCUCAAGAGGACUCUUGGUGGAGCAUCGCUUGGCAAGGACGGUUCUAUAAGUCCUGGAUUCCCGACUAAGAAGUAUCCCAGUCGGAAGUCCCGAGCUGCACGUCCUGAGCCGUCGCCUCACUUCACCCGUGAGGUAAAGGCUGCCGAAACUCUUCUUCGUCUCCACAUGAAUGAGCUUGAAAGCACCGGAGGUGACAUCGAGAUGGAAGAUGACGAGUCGAUUUCACCUGUUGGCCCUCGCUCUCUUGAUGGUGACGAAUCUCGUGGUCGUAAGCGACGUCGAGCUUCGCUUUGA